UUGGGUGAAGAUGAUGGUUUAGUGAGUAAUGAUUAUAAAGAUAUAUAAACGCUGAAACGCUUUUUGUUGAAAAUACUUUUAGAAUGAUGUAAGAAUAAACAUGAUUUAAGGACCAUAUAUGGUGUUACAUGUUUGUAAUUAGAGCUUUAUUUUUUAUUUUUAAUCAUGCAAUAGAGAGAAUAAAUAUUUUUUCAAAACUUGGCCCUAGUGGUGUCCUCCAAUUUUUCUUAAAAUCUAUGUGUGAGUGUUGGCAUCGUAUUCGUGUCGUGUCGCGCGUGUCAGUGCUACAUUGGAGAUAAUACAUCUUUCAUUAGUAUGAGCAUUCUUCGCUGAUCAAAACUAUUAUGAGCAUUCUUCCAAUGUGUUAAUCUAUCUAUAAUUACUAUACUCUCAUUCGCCUAUCAAAAAAAAAUAAAGUAUGAGCAUUCUUCUGUUUAAAUGGAAAACAACUGCAGGUUGGGUGAUGUGAUGUUCUGACCAGACCUAAUUCUUAACACAGGUAGUCUAGGUGGACACCUCAAGGCUCUAACUAUGCAUUGGGUUAUGCUCGAUUUCCAUGUUGCUGGUGUUAAAAAAGGCAAGUGUAUGAUACUUGGUGUGUUCUCGCCAUACUUUAAGCUUCUUCACUGGUAAUGGAGCGUGUACUAAAUUUGAGCCAUGAGUCGGCUAUAUUUGAUAGCAAUUCACCAAAGCUCAAGAAAUCCUUAAAUGAUAUUAGGGGUUCUUUACCACUUAGAUUAACGUUCUUGUCCGACACCCGGUUCUGAUCUAGCCUCGUGGAUUCAUUUGUGGAUGCCUGUUGGUAAUGGUGUCGGGCAAAAGGUGGCUUAGGAAGGAAUUCUUGGGAUGGUGCCAAAGGUUGAAAGCAAUGCGCAAAGGUUGUUCCGGAAUGAUGGCCCCUAUCGUUUGGCUUUGCCAAAGCGUUCUCUAUUAUUGCCGAACUUGGUUAAGGGGAUUACAACUUAAACAACCCGUCCCUUCUGGUAUUUCCAUUUGUAAUCUCCAUUUUCUUUCUUGUACGCGCGUGGUAGCAAAGUAUGUCCUCUCAACUUGGACGAUGUCAAAUUCGUUAUCCUUGUAUAUGAAGGCAUGUUUGAUUGUGGCUGAGAUCUCUAUGAUAUUUACUAGGCCGACCCUACACGUGCAUGACUUGUGCACUUUUACUAGUCACCAUAAAUAUGCUAACGAUGAUUAGGUUUGGUGGCUGGUAAAACUCGACAUCAGUCUUGUUCUUUGUAAACUUAAAAUUUCUUAUCCA